UAUCCAUGGACUUGGAAAAUACCAUUCCUUCAGGCUACAACUCCUGUGUCCAAGAAGUAAGAGACCAAAGCAAUUUUUGUUGCCUCUUCAAUGGCUCCAUCUUUCUUCAGAGUGUGUUUUACAGAAACUUUACAUGAUCAGAAAUUGGAGAUUCCUGAAAAGUUCUUGAGGGAUAACCCUGAUGCGUUUAUAGAUCAAGUUAAUCUCAUUGACCCAACUGGAACUGCAUGGGAAGUAGGAUUGACAAAAUCAGAUAACAAAGUUUACUUUGAUCAUAAUUGGAAUGAAUUUGUGAAGCAUUACUCAAUCCAACAGAAGUACUUGCUAGUGUUCAAACUCUUAGGUUUUUACACUUUCGGGGUACGCAUAUGCGAUAACUCUGGCUGCGAAAUUGACUAUUCUUCCACUAGAACUACUCCAUCACAGACAGAACAAAGAGCAAUGGCUGAUUUUGUAAAUUUCAAGACUGAAAAGCCUUGUUUCAAGAUCAUUAUUCGAAGACGCGGUGUUGGGUAUAGAUUCGCGAAUGUGCCUGCUAAAGUUAAAGAGAUUCUGAAGGAAGUUCCUGUGGAAUUAACAUUUCAACUUUCUGAUGGAAGAGAAUGGAAGGUUAAAGUGCAACGAAAUAAGGCGAAGCAAUUGAGCUUAGGGCAGGGAUGGACUGCAUUUCUGAGGGACAACAAUUUGAUGGAAGGCGAUAUUUGUGUUUUCGAGUUCAUGGAGAUGAAUGUCUUCGGAGUUACUAUAUUUCAUGACACCAAGUAAUUCUAGUUAGUAUAUGACAUGGAAAACUAAAUGUUAGCAUUUUGAUGACAAACUUUAAGAACUUUCUUGUGUCGUUUUUCCGUUUAUGAACCAAAUUAUGAUAUGAAUCUCGUCGUUUGAUUAUGUUUUUUCA